CCAGUCGAUGCAAGCCACUCGAGCAGAACUUCACUCUAAUAGCUGUGGCCAAAACGAUGACUUCUGUGGCAGCGACGACAUCCUCUGAACCUCCGGGGCUGCACGCAGCAGCCAGCCGAGAUGUAGGCUCUGGGAGCCCGCGGCAGAGGCUCCAGAAGCUGCUCGCAGUGCCCGGAUACGACCCGAGCCGAGUUAACGACCUGCUGCUCCUCCGGCCUGAUACAGACGGUCAGACUGCUGCAGAACCGAAGGAGGAGAGCAGCAACGCGCAUGUUGUGUUUUUCCACGGGGAUAUUCAGAACUUUGAGGAGGAGAUGGCUCUGCAGCCCGAAGGAGCCCAGUGGCUCUCCUGGAGUCUGGAGCAGGUGGCCCUCACCCUGGGCCGACGCUUCCCUGACCAACAUGUUUGGGUGGUCCGAGCCUCCCGCAUGUAUCUCCACAAGUUCAGCUGCUACCAAAACUUUGUGGAGAGCAACAUGUUCGGGGCACCGGAGCACUCGCCCUACUCACCUGACAUUGGAGUGUUUCACCAACUCAGGGCCCUGCUGAGCCACGGCAUGGAGCGAGCCAACUUACCAAACCCCCUUCAGCCACAAGGAGGCGCUGACAGCAUCCCCCCAGGGUUUUCCCUGACACUGGUGGGCUUCAGCAAAGGCUGCGUGGUGCUGAACCAGAUGGUGUACGAGCUGGCCGGCGCCCGCGCAGACCUGCAGAUGUCGCACUUUGUCAGUCGCGUCUCGGACAUUUACUGGCUGGACGGCGGGCACCCGGGGGGCAGUGAGACCUGGGUGACCAACAAGCAAGUGUUAAAGGAACUGGCUUCCUGCGGAGUGUCGAUCCACGCCCACGUGACCCCGUACGAGGUGUGUGACCCGAUGCGGGCCUGGGUGGGCCGUGAGCACGCACACUUCAUUAAGACCCUGGAGGAGUUUGGGGCCUGUCCAAGAAAGAAGCUGCACUUUGAGGACGAGCCCCCCUCCAUCGAAAACCACUUCAGGGUCAUUCAGGAGUUUUGAGUCAUUCGCUGGUCUUACCUCAUUUGUUUUGAAUGAUUUAAGAAUUUAGAACAUGUAACAGAUGCUGGUGUGUUGCACUUCCUGCUGCUAAAUGCACUUGUCCUGAGUUUGAUGACCCAGGAGCCUUUCCCCUGCCCCCCCCCCUCCCACCUGUGGCCACAGUAGGAACAUGCAGGUAGGUUCUUUAUUCUUCAGGCUUAAUGGAACCUUUUACAUUUGAUUCUGGCUCUUGCUUCGUGUUGCUUCAGAGCUGUCGAUUUAGAAACAUGAAUGAUGUAUGUUGUUUCAGCUGGAUUUUGCUUAUGAGGGAAUUUCUCUCAUUUCCGUUUUAUGUGAUUAAGUGUAACGUUGUGACUUGUUUUAAUUUCUGCAUUAUUUUUAACUGAACUUAAAAGGUACAAUCUUGAAGAUCUCUGUUUCGAUGCUGAUCGCAGGUGUGUUUUUGGAUCUCACGUUCACUAGUUUCAUUGUCCGUAGACAUCGAUCUCGGACCAGAUUAGAACGC